GCAAGAAAGUCCAGCAGCAGGACAAUGGCGACAGCAGUCAAGAAAGUCGAAGGAGGAGAGGGAGGAGCUCCCGCCAGGAUCAGGAUCACCCUUUCCACCUCCAAGAGCGUUGCGAACUUGGAGAAGGUUUGUGCCGAUCUCAUCAAGGGUGCCAAGGACAAGGAGCUCCGUGUCCGCGGUCCUGUCCGCAUGCCUACUAAGGUUUUGAGGCUUACCGUCCGCAAGUCUCCUUGCGGAGAGGGAACCAACACCUGGGAUCGUUGGGAGAUGCGUGUGCACAAGCGCAUCAUCGACCUUUACUCUCCUCCAGAGACCGUGAAGCAGAUCACUUCCAUCUCCAUCGAGCCCGACGUCGAGGUCGAGGUCAUGGUGGUCGACCAGGUCAAGUAAGCAUGCAGAUCGGGGAAGAUAGGUUGUGAAGUUCCUCGCGCUCUUCACAUGAUGCUGCCUCUGUCGAGAGCGUGCGUGGCGAAGGAGCUUGUAAUUAAAUUACGGAAAAGCCAAAAAACAAGCAAGUUUAAUUUUCUUUAUGUCAGUAAAGAAUUCUUCGUCAA